AGGCAUUGAUCGCAGAGGUUGCGUCUCAAUACCCCAAAUUUUGACAAAACUUCUAUGUGUGUAUGCAAGAAACUUGAAUUUCUUUUUGAACAAAGGUGAAAAGUAAACUCUUUCCAAGGCAAUUACGAAGCGCACCCACUUCCAAGAAAAAAUGGACUACUUCUUACUGUGCGAGGUGAGGCACGAAAACCGGUAAAAGAGUUGCAAAUGUGUAAGCCUAAACACUAACUGUUUUGCUUUUUUCUCAAGAUUGACGGUAAAAAACACUACCACUCUCAACACAACAUACAAACUCGGCGAAGCACUGAAUUGUACUUCGCGGACGGUCGAAUUCGAAAAACGGUAUCAGAGCAAGCUGAGAAACGAAAAACCUGUGCGAACGCGGCGAAGAUGAAGUCGAAACUUGUUUCCGGCCUGGCUGGCGCGGUGGGGUCGGCGACUUUGACCCAAUGGCAGUUGGAGCAGUUGAUGCUCCUCGCAAGCGUGGAUGUGAGCAGCCACCUGCUGGUCUCGGCCGCAAAGGGCAAAGGCAAGGGAGGUGGAGAUGAUUCUGACGACCUUGAGAGCGACGACGACGGCCGCGAUGCCGAUGACGAAGACACUGACAUCACGGAUGACGAGCCCAUCACAGAUGACGAGCCCAUGAGUGACGACCCCGACGACGGGCGGGCGCCCCCGGCGGCCGCCCCGGGCGGGGGUGGAAAAUCUUUAGUGGCCGCCCCGGGCGGGCGCCGAUCUUCCGCCGCUGCCACGUUUGUACUGCCUCCCGCACUUCCCCCGCUCGCCGAGGACGAUGACACCCACCUGAGUUGCUCGAAGCUCUGGGAGCCGACCGGCUUCUUCGGCUCGAAAGCGGCUGGCGUGAAACAAUCCAAGUUGAACACGAUGUGCCACAUGACCAAGCGCGGACUGGGGUAAGGACGUUGAUCAGCCUGGUUUUUUCAAAACGACAAAAAUUUCCUGUUGUACUUUAUUUCCUUGAAGGAUAUAUAAACGUAAACAGCGACCACGAUACGAACGGAGCUGCACUAUUUAGACAAUCGGGGAGAAAUCCGUGUCUGUGUAUAUUGAAUAUAACCAGAACUUUUACGGAAAAUUGACAUUAGUAUUAAAAGAGUUGAACGAUCUGAGAAUGAAAUGCAGCAGUAGUACUCCAAAAAAUCAAUCUCGACCGGCAUCCUGAGUAUAAUUUCCGAAAGAACUUCUAUGAGAAGCUUCUGAAGCCAAUGUGAAAUAAAAUUUUCUUUCUCCUAAUCCAACAGCGUCUACCCGGCAAGUCUGAGUGCGGCUACCUUUCCGUCCGAGGUCUACAAGGAAGUUCAUGGUGCGGAGUUGGUGGAAGAGCAGAGAAAUCGCGGCUUCCUGGCGAAAAAGUUGAAGGGGAGCUAUGAAUCGAACGCCCUGAAAUGGUAGUUUCAAUUUCGUUCUUAUCUUAUUACCUCGUCUCUGCUUCGUGGAUGUGUAUUUCAUGCCAGCACCAGCAGCCCAUCCUAUUUCUAGUUCUAAACGAAUCUAUGAAAAAAAUGAGAAUAGCAAAAUAAAAGAAUUGCUAAUCAUGUUAAUAACUGCAAAACGUCCAACAUCUUCUCAACAUCAAGCCGGAUCGAUGCGAGAAGUACUUAAUUUUUGUAAAAUAAUAAAAAAAAGGUACAAGAAUGUCCUGGACACGCAGAUGAACUGGGACGAAGUGAUGAAGAUUCACGGUUCCGACCCGAACUUGGACGUGCAAACGCUGCUCGAGGAUGACCGGACGAGGGUGCUCGGCCAGGUCGUCCGGGAUUUGGAGUACUGCUGUAACCCGGUGAAGCAGGAGGAGGCCUGGGGCAAGUGGCAGCUGAUGACGAACAUGCAGAAGGUGGAGAACCUGCAGAACCGCAAGCACGCCGAGUUCCACGGGACCCAGGGGGACUGCGGCGCGCUGGUUCCCACGCAGGGUUUCUUCGCCCGCACGAACGACGAGAAAAUGGCCACUCUGCACGAGCUGUGCGGUGUGUGGGCCGCCGGGUCGCAGUUCGACAGCGGGACCCACUUCCCGAUGCUCAGCUUCGAGUUCGAGGCGUCGCGGGCGGCGAACAAGUACCGCAUGUUCACCUCGAAGCAGGGGGCGGGGCAAAAGUGGUACGUGGACCGCAUGAAGCAGUACUGGUACGGAACCGGUCGUGAGGCCGCCCGCGCACAGAUGCCCAAGGACGCGAUCCUGAACAAGGGGCGUGAACUUGAUCCUGCCCAUGCACGCGAGCUGCGGAUCACGGAACUGCGGGCGCGCGGGCUGUGGGACACGAUCUUCUGCUGCAGCGCGACGGGGGACGAGGGCUCGGAACUGUUUGAGCAGCUGGAAAAGGACCGGCGGGGGUUCGACGAGAAGAUCUUCAAGGACGAGGACGAAACGAAGCGGCUGAAGGACGAGGCCGAGCGCGCCGCAGAGGCGAAGAGGCAAGCAGUGGCCGCUGCGGACGCGGCCAGCGAAGAGGCGCGGGAGGCGGCGAACAGGGCAUCCAAGCUGGAAUCGGAACUGGCGGCCGCGAAAGCCAAAUUGGAGCAGCUGCAAGCGCAAGCGGCCACGCCGGGGCAAGCGGCCACGCCGGGGCAAGCGGCCCCGCCGAAUCUGUCGGAAGAUCUGCAGCAGGCGAAGGCUCGGAUCGCGGAACUGGAGAAGCAGCGGGAUCAGAAUGCGAAAGAGAGCGCAAAAGCGGCGCAGGCGCUUGAGGCCUCGCAGAACUACCUGAAUGAACAAUGGUGGAAGGACCAAAACGACAAGUUGCGGCUCGCGUCAGAGAACGUGGAAGGGCUCAAGGCGGAGCUGGAGCAGAGGUACGCGGAGGUGGUUCACAUGGCCAAGGGCUACGGUGUCGACGAGAACGGGCGACUGCUGCCGGAGCGGCCGCGAGAGGACCCCUUCCCGUCCGCGGAGACGCCGGAGGAGGAGCGGCGGGAGGAAGAGGCGGCCGCGGCGUUGAAUCAUGUGCCGCCUGCAUGGGAGCCGGUGGGCGAUUUUUACGUGACGGGACUCUUUGAGGCACUCGACCACAAAAAAACCAAAACGGCGCAAGGGGAGCCUGACGAUGAUGAUGAUGAUGAUGAUGACGACGACGAUGAAGAGGCCCCCUGCUGCGGCGGGGACGACGAAGAGCCGGCGGGUUCGGCUUUGUCGCUGGACAAGAAACUGAAACACGACUGGACCGACGACUUCGGCGCGCUCGAUGACAUUAUCUCGGGCAAGUCGUACGACGACCUCUCCACCGCUGAGGGGCUGGCGCAGGUCGACGUGGACGACGAGGGAGGCACCUGCGUGGGCUGCUCCGGCUCUUCCCGGAGCCUGCAGGUGGACGCCUUGGCUUCGGCCUCCGCCGGAGCGGCCGACAACGGGCGCGUGCCGGGGGAUGGCCUGCUGGGAGACGACUGGCUCGUCACAGAAAAGGACCUACACAAAAUCCGCGAUCAGGGGGUGGCCAGCAUGCUCCAAAAGGGAGGGCGGAUGGUGACGAACGUGGAAGUGACUGCCGCCGGGGAGUCGAAUCCCAUGUGAGGGGCGCGGAUGAUUUCAUUUUCCGGCGUGCAUUUUCCUGAGGAGGACAAAAGGCCGGCGGGCGAGCCAAAUCAUGACAGCUUGUUAAGCAGAAGUACGGGUGUACCACAAGCACAACCACUGUAAGAAACAGGAGCCGAUUUAUUGCGAAGACGUCUGUUUUGUGAACAACAUUGACCGAGUUGGGUUUUUUCAUUUGUUUAAAAAGUAAUUACUUACAUCAUUUCAUUCACUUUCACUAGUACAUGCCUUGCCAGCACACUGCUGAAAUUCGGGAGUUCUAACAUUUGUAUAGUAUUUCAAAUUAUUCAAUUCCUUUACUUUUACACAUCAUUUACAUUCGACCAAAAUUUGGGAAUUUCACGAGAUUUUAAAACUUUGUUUUCUACGACCUCAAAACUAACAUGGAGAAAUCUGUCGCACUCACAGUCUAGUAUCGUCCAAAGUACUUUGUAUUUCGUCAAAUUUUGAAAAUUUUUUUCGCUCGAUGUACAGUAACGAUUGACGAAUUUCUUUCUUGAGAAGGAGCUGAAAAAGUGUGGAGGAAGCCGAAGAGGAAGAACCGUACGCUCCUCGCCUCAUAAUGUAUCAAUCAUUAUAUUCCAGCUGCGGAAGAAAAGCGCAAGCGAGUACUUAUACAUAGUGGUGCUCGUAGUACUAGACUUGCGCCGAGACCAGAUGACUGACGGCGGCGUUCAGGCGUUUCUUCGAACGCCUU